AUGGCUAAGCAUUCAAAAAUACAGAGUCAAAAUGACUACCUCAGGCAAUGGCUGCCAAGGCAGGAAUCAUAUCUACAUCACCUCCUCGAUCGAGAAGCUCCACCAGAAGACAGGAGAUGCAUCAUCUGCCAACAGGAUGGGGUGUACAAAUGUCAAGAUUGUCUUGGCGAGCCACUCUAUUGCACGGGCUGUUGCAGGAGUCAACAUUGUAGCAAUCCUUUCCACUGGAUCAGUCAAUGGAAUGGGCGAUUCUUCGAGCGGAGUUGUCUCGCUCAUGUGGGACUCAUUAUACACCUUGGCCAUGAUGGCAAACAAUGUCCGGCGGUCACCGAUCGGUGGAAUUUGUUUGAAGAAGAUGAACCUGAAGACCUGCUUGAGCCUGAAGAUCUGCCAUUUGUGUCCGGACCCGAGUUCCAGCCAAAGGAAAACACCAUGGUCAUUGUGGACAAGUCCGGAGUUCAUCGCCUGGAGGUUCGAUGCUGUGAAUGUCCGAAUGCCAUGAGUCCGGACAUUCAAAUGUUUCGACACAGAUUUUUCCCUGCAUCUUUCAACAGGCCAAAGACUGUGUUCACCUUAGACCUUGAAUGCGGCACCUCGGCGAUGAACUAUUACAGCAAGCUCCGGAGAAUGACCUCCAGCAUGUUUCCACACCUUGUUCCAGCACAUUGCAAGGACCGAUACAGAGAGCUCAUGAGGGUCGCUCGACAGUGGAGGCAGUUGAAGACAAUGAAAUGGCAUGGCUUUGGCCAUCGUUCUGAUAACCCGAGCACAGGAGAACUCGCAUUAUUUUGCCCGGCAUGUCCUCAGCCUGGGAUUAAUGUGCUGUUCGAUCCAAGCUGGAAAUACACCCGGUCAUUUGUGAUGGACGGAAAUUUCAAAGCGGAACAUCUGCAUCCCAUUAAGCCAUUCGAUGAAGUUUGGCUGUCCGAUGGGCUUGGAUUCAUGGUAGGAAAGGACAGGUAUAAAAUGCAUCUGGCAGAGGCUGCUGACACGGUGGAAAAAUCAAGCUGCAACAACCACCGGGCAGUAAAUCAAGCUAAUGCUGCUCGGCACAAGCUGGAGUCCACCGGUAUCGGGGGAGUUGCCUGUGCCAGACACGGUUGCUUUGUCCCUCACUCCAUGGCUUCCCGGCACAACAUGGAAGGCAUCACCAGGGCUGUCACCUUCUAUGAUAUUAAUUGUCAAUACAACAAACACUUUCGGGUUCGGGUGGAUCGAAGUCGAUUUCUAGAAAUGGCACCACAACUAACCAUCAUUCCCGGAAUUGGGUUGUGGCACGUUCAUGGCCAUCAGGACAGCUGCUAUGUGCGAUAUGCUUCUAACUUUAUUGAAGGCAUUGGUCGGAUCGAUGGAGAGAUCAUGGAGACGCUAUGGGCACGGCUCAAUCUGAUCUCCCCUGCUGCUCGGGGAAUGUCAUCUCCCCACCGAAAGGAAUGCCUUGAUUAUCAGAUGAAUGACUCCAAUUUCUGCAAGAUGAUUCGCAUGAAAAGGACUCUAUGCCGGAAAUACAAGCUGGCGAGGAAUGGCAUCUCGGAAAGUGGAAAGGCAUUUGACAGACUCGAUGAAGCAGCACCCUCACAUUUGAAGACAGAAUGGUUAGCCAGGGAGAGGAUAGCUCAGUCAAGCAGAUUGAAUGAUCCUUCGGCGAUGGAUGAAUAUGAGAUCAAUAUAAAAAAGGCACCUAGCAAAAAGGAGAUCGAGCUUAGAUUAUUAGAGGAGGGUAACACCCGCAAUGCAGCACCCUCUUGCAGAUCUGUGGCGAAGUGGAUAUCAACAGGGUUAGCAAUUGAAGAGGCUCAGAUUGCAUUGCUCAUCGAGGUCCGAAGGAUCGGAAGAAGAUCCACUGAGACACAGAGAUUAGACAUUGCCCGUCAACGCGAUCGGCUCCAAGGCCAGAUAGAUGGAUUUGCUCAGUCUGCUCUAACACAUCUCGGGGAGGGAUUUGAUGCAGAUGAUGAACCUGAGGACUUGAACGUAGACAUUCUAGAUGAUCUCGAUGAUGACCCGGCGGAUUUCACAGAGACAUCUCAUACAUGGACAAACUCUCCUGAGCUCACUGUAAUCCCGUUGCCAUCAAACCUGGGGGCCAAAUCCCAGGCCCUGAAAACUCGAGCUUGGUCCCAGGUGACAUCAGUGCAGCAGGCAGUCUCCCUCCAUGCCAGCAUAUAUACAAAGACCAGGAAGCAAAUGAUGAAACUUGAGCCGGGGCAAGACCAGCUUCAGAAAUACAAACCCCUGCUUCGCGAGCAACUCAAAAUCAGCACUGCAGUGGGUGACCCAAAUGCCCGAGGUCAACGAAAUGAAUCUUUGGCUUGGUUUUGGUCUGUUGAAGUCGACCUCGGGGGUCCUGAUCAAUCGUGGAAUGAGGAAUUUUACCGAGCACUACGAGAUCGAUGGAGGGAAGAAAUGAUAUUGGUCAAAUUGGAGAUGGAUUGGACAUCAACCCAAUGGGGCGACCACAUGCAGGAAUCAUUGGAGAAACGCCUUCCGGGUCACGGAUGCUAUGCCGGAAGGCAAUCCCAAAUGUAUUCAUUGCUUCGCACAGGAUGCGCAGGCAGCUUUUCAAGACCUACAAAACGUGUUGAUAGAGGCUGGAGAUGA